CUUUAUUUCAUCUGGAAAAUUGAAAAGAAUGAAUGAACAUAAAAAACUCAUUAAGAAACAAAUUGGAGAUUAUUAUUUUGAUAUAAAUGAUAUUAUUGGAGAAGGAUAUUCAUCUAAAGUAUAUAAGGGAAUUCAUAUGGUUACUCAUUAGGAUGUUGCAAUAAAGGUCAUUUCUUAGGAGACUUACAAUUCACCUAUUUAGAAAUCACUUCUUUCUAAUGAAAUAAAAAUUCUUUUGCAAAUUGAUAAUCCUCAUCUUUUGAGAGUAUAUGAGAUUAGUAAAAGUGCUAAUAAUACCUAUAUAGUGAGUGAAUAUUGUGGAGAUGGUAAUUUAGAAAACUUAUUGUAAUAAGAACCAAUGAAAAUAGAAAAGGUUAUUGAUAUACUGACAUAAAUUUGUAUAGGUCUUCUUGGUUUGCAUUAAAAAAGUAUCAUUAUAAACUUAUAAUAAUCUAGAUAUCAUUCAUAGAGACAUAAAGCCAGCAAAUGUAUUAAUCAAGAAUGGAAUUUUUAAACUUGUUGAUUUUGGUUUCGCUCUUAUUGAAAAUUAAUAUGAUAGCAUAAUAAAGAAAUAUAAUGUUGGAACUCCUAUGUAUAUGGCUCCUGAAAUUUAAUUUUUUAAUCUAAAUUCAGAAAAAAGUGAUGUAUGGGCUUUGGGUAUCAUGCUAUAUGAAAUGCUAUUUUAAACAGCUCCUAAAUUCAAGUUGAAGAAUAAAACCCUUAUGCAAGAAAUAUAAGAAAAAUGCAAAUCUCUCGAUAUUUUCCAUUAAAAUUUAAUUAUUCGACUCUUUGAAGCAAUGUUAUAAUUAGAACCUGAAGAUAGAUUAACAAUUUAAUAAAUUCUUUAAAUUAUAUAAGAGAAUUAAUAAUCUACUUCAAAACAAGGUUCACAAUUGGUUAAACUUUCAUAAAAAUCAAUAUCUACUCAAAUCAACUCUCCUCUUUAAUUUAAAGGUAUUAAAACUCAAAAUGAGAAAAGGAAGUAAUAUGUUUAAAACCUUUUAUUGAAUAAUAAGCCAUAAUCUUAUGAUUAUUAAAAAUUAACUAAUACUGCUAGACUAAAAUCAUAAAAACAAGAUUAAGGAGUCGAAAUCAAUUAAUUUAUAUCUGAUGAUGAAUUUCAAAGUAAAAAUAUUGAAACUAACUUUAAUUAAUUUAAAUUUAGAUAUUCUCAUCAGAAAAGCGACUCAGACAUCAAUAUUGAAUUUAUUGGUUAAAUUAGUACAGAUUGUUCAAUAUAAAAAUCUCCUAAAUAGUAAUUAUUUACAUAGUUAAAUAAUGAAGAAAUAGAUUUACCAGCAAUAUUAAAACCUACUUUUAAAUUUUGUGAAUUUAUUGACUAGAUGAUAUAGAAUUUUCCUUUAUAGGACAAUGAUUUGAUGUUAAAAUUGCAAUUUUUGUUAAGAAAAUUAUUAGCAAUCAAAGCUAAAAUUUUCUAUACAUUUGCACCAAUUAAAAUCAAGCCUUAAUUAGAUAAUUGGAUAAAUUAACUACAAUAAUAUUUUCAAAAAAUCUAAUAUCAAAUCAAUUUAAAUUUCGAUAAAAAAUUUUAAUUAUUUUUCAAUCCUAAUCUAGAUGAUUAAGGAAAACUCUUGACAAUGUAUAUUAUAAGUUUAAUCAAUUAAAUCCAAAAAUAAUCAAAUGAAAUUAAAAUUGUAGUUGAUAUUUUGGAGGACGAUUUAUAACAUAACAAUGAUCCAUUUUUAUUUGCAAGGAAAUGGAUUGUUCAAAAAUCAUGA